GCGCUGAAGGGGCCGGGGGACUACGCGUUCCUCUCUUUCGGCGAGGCGGGCUACAGCGACGCCGUCUUGGGGGAUUUCAGCGAGCUCUUGGCGGACUUUGGGCGCGACUGCCGCGCUGCCGCCUGGCGGUUGGCUGCCAAGCAUCCCGAUGGUGAACAGCUCGCUGGCGGAGCAGAUCUGCAUGGGAUACAGCGCGAAUUGGACGCGGUCGCCAAGACGGGCGCCAUGGAACUGCGGGGCGCGACGGUCUCGGCGACAGCAGGAGGCGAGUGGGCGCAGCAGGGGCAGCACGAGGCAGGGUGCCAG